AUGCUCUCGCGACGAGCUCAGGAGCAGGUUCCCAACAGCGCAUCCAACGAGAUGUGGGACGUGAUGAAAGAGCCGUGGGACCGGCAUGAAAACGCGGAGGGCUUCGUUAACCUCGGUGUGGCAGAGAACCGGUUGAUGCAGAGGGAACUUCAGGGGUUCCUCACAGAACACUGGUCGGCCCAGGAUAGCGUCCUUACGUACCAGGACGGCCCGCUCGGCAGCCAGCGAGUGCGACGGGCGCUGGCGAGGUUUCUGGGGCGGGAGCUAAAGACGUACAGGCCCCUGUCGGCGUCCCAGAUCCUCGUCACUAACGGCGUUUCCAGCGCACUCGAGCAUGCAGCAUGGGCCUUGGCCGACCCAGGCGAGGCGUUCCUCUUGGGUCGGCCCUACUACGGCCAUAUCACGCUUCAUCUGCGGCCCCGGGUGCAGACGGUGCCCGUCACUUUCGGUCAGGUGGAUCCAAUGGGACUAGAGGCGGUCGACUGCUACGAGCAGGCGCUUCUUGGCGCGCGAGCUCAGGGCAUCGUAGUUAGAGGCCUGUUUCUGUGCUCGCCGCACAAUCCGCUAGGCCGCUGCUACCCACGCCAUGUACUCGAAGCACUGGUGGCACUGUGCGAUAAGUACCAGAUGCAUGUGCUGAGCGACGAGAUCUAUGCUCUGUCAGUAUGGUGUGUGCCCGCCUUUACCUCGGUGCUGUCGCUGCCCCUAGAGAACUUGAUCAACCCGGCUCUAGUGCACAUCUUGUGGGGGGUAUCUAAAGAUUUCGGCGCUAACGGGUGGCGGCUGGGGUGCUUAAUCUCGCUAGCUAAUAAGGACCUGCAGACCGCUGUAGCGUCGGUAGCUAUUGGUUCGUACGCCUCGUCGCUCACUGAUCAUGUGGUUGCGCAGAUGCUCGAAGACGAUGCCUUCACCACCAGCUACCUCGCUGAGAACCAGAGACGGCUGGCCAACGCCUACGCCCGGACGACCGACUUUCUGCGGCGUCACGACAUCCCCUUCAUGCCCUGCACCCACGCCGCGCUCUUUGUGUGGGCAGACCUUGGCACCGCCUACCGCCGCCGCCACCCGCAGUCUGCAGCCGGCAGACAGGAGGCAGUCGACAACAUCAAGAGGGCGCUGUUGGAGCACAAGGUCUAUCUGGCGUGGGGCGGCAACUUUGACAGCGAAUCGCCCGACUUGUUCCGCCUGGCUUUUGCCCACCCGGCCGACUACGUCGACGAGGGACUCCGGCGCAUCGAUCAGGCCUUGAACAGCGGGCCGAUCCAAGGCCCACGCCGCCAAACCCUCGGCUGCCCCCGCCUCUAA